GAGAGAGUGUUAUUUGAGAAUGAAUUGGGCAGUGCUAUCCUCUUCCAUUCUCCUCCUCUGUACGAUCGUAGGCUGUUGUGUGUGUCUUGUAACCGAAUGAUAUAUUGUCUCGCGUGAUUGUCAGCUCCUGCAAUAUCAAACCUUCAUUCCUCUCUCAAUGGUUUUAGCUUCGAAUCUACCAGAUGGGUCGGGGAGAUCUUUUGAUGCUUCGUAUUCUGGUGCGCCGUCUCCCAGUUUUCAUCAUUCUGGUGGAAGUCUUCAGGGACUUCAUAAUCUUCAUGGGAGCUAUAAUGUUGGGAACAUGCGAGGUACACUUUCAUCAAGAAACUCAAGUAUGAAUAGUAUACCAUCUCCCGGUGUGCAACAACCUAAUGGGAGUUUUCCAGUCAAGGAUUUGAUUCAAGUAACAUACAUGUUGCUCUCUCUCAGUUAUCUCAUAAUAGCUCACAUGGGCAUUCCAGAAUCCCAAACAGAGGAUGAAUUAAUGGAGUUGGUGGUUCUAUUCCUGGGGUUCUCUCCACGUCUCAGUAAUCGGAAUAGUGUUCCAAUGGGAAUGUCCCAAUUGUUGGCAAACGCAGGUCCUCGAAUAACAUCAAAUGCAAUGGGGAACAUGGUUGGUGGAGGUAACUCGAGGAAUAUUAGCUCUGGUGGAUUGUCUAUUCCUGGCCUUUCGUCGCGUCUAAAUUUGGGAGCUAAUAGUGGAUCAGGGUUAAGUGUUCAGGGACAGAACCGAAUGCUGGGUGGACUUCCUCAAGUUCUGCGUGGAGAGCUCUUGAGUUGGCAAUGUUAUGCGCGGAUCUUCAUUCUACAAACCGACCAACCAUGUCCCGUGUUAUUAUCGAGCUAAAAGAGUGUCUUGCUUGUGAGAAAUCUGAGGAUAAGUAAGAAUCGAGGUUUGGAAAAUCGCGAUGAAAAUUGGACGCUUCGGUGGUUCAUGGUCAAGAUAGUUUGUGCAGGAACCAGU